AUGGACAAGCGCAUUAUAUCAAGAAAGGAGCGUGAGCAGGUGGAGCUACGCAAGUUACCCGAACACCUCCGUCAUAAAAAGAAAAAUCGCAAAAUAAUUCGGCAGAUUCUCAAGAAUCGCAAGGCUACUAGUUUUCCUAGUGGCGAGAAUCCAGAUCAAGACGAUGGCGACGACUGCACGGAGCGCGGCAUCCGGCAAAUCGAAGCACGGCUUAAUCAACAGCUGCAGCAAGGCCACAGGCCCUUGGUUCCGUUGAAACUCGGGACUUACAUUCUUACAGAGAAGAGCUUCAUCCGGGAUACCACCGAUGAGGAUGGAAAUUGUAUUCACGAUGGUUGGAACCAUGACGAUGCGCCCGGUCGAUUGUACAUCGAGAAAAUUUCGAGACAAGGAGACGACGUUGAAGUCAAGGCGAACUUGUGGUUCAAGCUAGGCCCGAAGACCUGCCUCAAAGAGCAGGUUAAAUUUAGUGGAUCGUGGCCAGAUCUCGAAAUACCUGCACUUGAAGAGAUCUCAGUAAAAUUCUGUGACGAAUCUCAGGUUCGUUACAGAGGUGCAUCGCAGAAACAGAAGGAGGCAAACCAAGAGUCAAUGCGAAUUACUCUCCUCUUCCUCUGCGACGGCUACUUGAGUAUGAGAGCCCAGGCGGUACCAUUCUACACGAUAAGGGAAGAUAUUGAGUUCUACGGCAUCAAAACGAGUAAAAUAACCGGAAGAGACAGCGGACUCAUUGAGCGUCUCGAGGACAGCGACCCUGAGACAACUGAGCCCAGCGACGAAGACACCACAGACAGCGAUAGCGAUCUCGACGACGAUCUUUUGUACAGCGAUUACAACAAGGCACGAGCAAAACACGCGAAGCACGAAGUGCGUGGCAAGGCUAUUGAAGCAUGGCUUGAGGAACGCAUUGCUUCAGGAGAGGAAGAGACCGUCGAAAGCAUGGAAGCACGCAGAACAAACCUGGAAGACUAUGUCGACGUUCUCAAUUGGAGCCUCUACUCUACUUCAUAUCUCGACAUGCUCGUCGCUAGAGGCAUGCGAACUGAUAAUAAAUGUUUCCACGGCGCCGGUUGCGGCAACUUCACAGCAUACGGCCGGAGGGACGACGGGUCUUCUGGGGGCAGCCUGCAUCUUUCGGCGCUGGAAGACGACUGGGAAGGCGACUUUGCAUGGAAGUUGAAGAAAGGCGUUGUAAACUCUAACCAACGCAACGCUAUUAUCUCCAACGAAACCUUGAUGCGGGAACUGAAGUUUCGAAUAUGCUUUGUUGAAAAUGGGCAUAUGAAGAUACGCAUUCAGGCUCACAAGAUCGGAGGAAGCAGAGAAGAUGGUUUCAUCGACUUCUACGCUAUCGCUGAUCAUCCACUACGCUUUGAUCCUCAUCGAAGGCAUGGCCCCGUUAGAAGAAAGUGGUGGGAAAAGACACCUCAUGGGCUGGUGUACAACCCGCCUACCGGCGCUGUAGAAGAUAGUCGUAGCGAAUGUUCGGACCGUCCGGAUCAUUGUACGCACUUCGAUUCAUUGAACCCCGAGUUUUAA